UUCCAAAGACACCUCCAGCUAACGUCAGUGGCAGAAGUGGAAGGCGACAUGAAUUAGUAAUAGCAUGGGAGCCAGUGUCAGAAGAGUUUCAGAAUGGAGAAGGAUUUGGAUACAUUGUAGCCUUCAGACCAAAUGGAACACGUGGCUGGAAGGAAAAAAUGGUGACAUCUUCAGAUGCCUCAAAGUUCAUCUAUAGAGAUGAAAGUGUGCCACCUCUGACUCCUUUUGAGGUGAAAGUUGGUGUUUACAACAACAAAGGAGAUGGUCCCUUCAGCCCUAUUGUGGUCAUCUGCUCAGCUGAAGGAGAACCCACUGCUGCUCCCAUCGAUGUCAAAGCUACAAGUUUGUCUGUAUCCGAGAUUCUUGUUGCGUGGAAACAUAUUAAAGAAAGCCUAGGAAGACCACAGGGAUUUGAGGUUGAUUACUGGAAGGACAUGGAGCAGGAAGAAGCAGCAGAAAAGGUCAAAACUGAGGGAAACGAGUCAUCCAUCCUCCUGACAGGAUUAGAAGGAAACACAUUAUAUCACCUAACGGUGAGGGCGUACAACGCUGCAGGGUAUGGACCACCUAGCACAACUGUGCGUGCAGCAACCAAGAAGUCCCCUCCCAGCCAAGCACCAAGCAAUAUUAUAUGGAUACAGGAUGGCUCUCAUGUGUCUCUUGGGUGGGAGCCAGUCAGACCUCUAGCUAAUGAAUCUGACGUAAUGGGAUACAAGGUAUUACUUAGGCAAGAAGGCCAGAGCAACAGUCAAGUUAUAGAAACACAGAAAACCUCUGCAGUGGUACUUCUUCCUGAUGUUGGUGUCUACAUCAUUGAGGUCUGUGCAGUCAGUGAAGGAGGGGAUGGGACUGCGAGUCCCCAGAUCAGAGUUCCAUCUUUUUCAGGAGGGAAAGUAACAAGUGCUCAAUCCACCUUACAUGUGUUGUCCACUUCCUCGUCCUCUGUAACAUUGCUUUUGGCAUUGAUGGUUCCUUCAACCUCAUGGUGAAGACUGCAGACUUUGUUGUUGUUGUUAGUUGUUUCCUUUAGCUUGAUGACACCAAGGGAUGGAGUUUUAUGUACAUGGAGAAAUCAGAAAACCAAGCUAAUGCUUAAAGACCCAUAGAAAUGCCUGUGGUAAACUUAGAGGAGUGUUGGAGACAUGGUCAAUAAUUCAUCAGGUUUUUUUCUCUUCUUUAUUUGUAAAGUCCUCUGGAGAGGGGACACUUCUUGGCCCAAAAAUAUGCAGAUUGUAUGUAAUAAACUUUUGUAAGCAAAGGUAAUUUAUGUCAAAUGUACUUUACUUUUUUAAUAUGUUUGAUUUUGGUGACCCCAGUCAUGUAUCAUUAGGUGUUUAAACAGUGGUGUCUAGUACAGUACAUCUGUUUGGUUUGGAAAAAAAAUCCUUUUUUAAAUAUAGAACAAAGUUUGAUACAGCUUUGUUGAAUACUUUUCUUGCACCCCCUAGGACUGGUUGUUCCUACUGACAAAAGAGAAAAAUAUAGUUUAGGUACACAGCCCACUGCAAAAGUACAGAGAAUUUGUUCUGAAAAUAUAUGAAUAUGUAUUUAAUUAGCAAAAAGAAUUGUCAAUACAAUACUAGACAGCACAUUCAGAAAGUAGCAAAAUGGAGCAGAGAAGCCAUUUAUUUUAUUGCAAGGUAAACAGAAAAUUAUUAAACACAAACUUAAAACGAAUAAGGUUUGGUUUUUAUCAAAUACCACAUGAUUUAAUGUCAAAUGAAUCAAAUAUUUAUUUUCAAUAGCAAA